AUGUUUACAUCCAAAUUUACCCCAGUCCUUUCUAGUCCAAAUGAACGUGAUUUCAUUGCCCGCGAUCCUAAAAGAUGCGGUACAUUCUUUACUUCCGAUAUCAUAGAGAAGUUUUCGAACCAGACGCCGAUACCUCAGAUAUCCGCACCAACGUUCACCUAUCAUUCAAAGCCUUUCAUACCGCUUCCUGCUCCUCUUACUGUACCAAUGGGAAAGACUACAGCUCCUGUGGAUUUCAGCACGAUGCAACUACCACCGCAAAGUCAAAUGGAUAUAGCAAUGGGUUGUCGAGUGUUGGAUUCACGUGGCAAGUCGUUUGAAUUCAGUCAAUUGAUUGAUAGAACGUGUCGUACGGUUGUGAUCUUCAUCAGGAACUUUCGAUGUGCUUUCUGUCAAUCGUACAUUAAACAUCUUUCCACCAUCGCUAACGAGCGUGAAGAAUAUGGUGUGAUCAAGUCAGCUGGAAUCAAAGUCGUGAUCAUUGGCCUCGGUAGUCACUCCAUGAUUCAGAAAUACGGUGCCAGCAAUCCGUUACUACCAGCACUCUUCCCGUGCCCAUACCCAAUCUAUACGGAUGCAUCUGAGUCCAAUAGACUUUAUCGUGCACUUGGAAUGAACAAGAGGAGCGUUGAAAGUGGACCUGACCUACUCAAAGGGGAUUAUCUAGAGUCGAUGUCAACCCUUGAGUUACUUACAUACGGUAUCAAGAACUCGUUGAAACUACCAGGCCUCAAGUCCCCCGGUGAUUUGAAACAAUUGGGUGGAGAACUGAUAUUUGAACCAGUACCAACCUUCAAAGCUGCAAGAAUCCCAGUAAAAGUCAAAGCCUUGGAGCUGAAAGCAUUAACAGGGAUCCCGAGUAUCACGCUCAAUGUUCCAAAACCGUCAACUCCAAAUGCCCAAGUUGAUCUAUCAUUAGAUAGAUCAUCACUCUAUAUACCUUCGGGAGGACUUGCACCAUUUUUGGAUUUGAAGGCAACUUCAUCAAUCUCUUCACCUAUGAACUCCUUUUAG